GAGCAGCGUAUGUUCGCAAACCGUCUUCAGGCUAUAACCGGAGGUCUAUGAACUGGGGAACAUGAGGUCACCUAUUUUGGUCGUCUUUGCGAUUCAUUUCCUUGGGUUCCCCGUCACGCCUUAUUCCCGCAAUUCACGGCAAUCAGGAUGCUUGGACGUGGCUAUUGUUGGAGCGGGAAUAGGUGGCACCUACACCGCUUGGAGACUCCGAGACCGAGGUUUAAAAAUCGGAAUUUUUGAAAACACAGAUCGUAUUGGGGGUCGGAUGUUCAGUGUGUUUCUACCCACAGCGUCUGGCGUUCCCAUUGACCUUGGAGCCAUGCGCUAUGAACCGGAGAAUCACAAAACCCUUGUGGGCUUAUUAGAAGAAUUGAGACUAAAAUCCACAGUAUUCAAAGGAGACAGCUUUGAAAAGACAUAUUAUUUCAGAGGGAAACAUUUGAAAUUUGCCGAUCUCCUCACCGAUAACCUCCCUUACAACCUUCGCCCAGGGGAACCGAAAGACCCGGAUCAGCUGCUUUGGAAACUGUACCAAUCCGCCAUGAAUAAUACUGAACCCGACAAAAUCUCCAAUGUGGAAGAAGGCAUAACAAAGGAUGGAAUUCCUCUCUACAAGCAUGGUUAUCUUGAUUUAAUGGGCACGCUAUGGUCGAGAGAAGCUAAGCAAUACCUGCAAGAUUUUAUAGCAUUCCAGUCAGACUUCGAGAACAACAACGCCGUUCAUAACACUCCGGCAGAUAGGCUGUCUACAGGCGAUGUUACCACUACCAUAAAGACGGUCACUGGAGGAAUGAAUGUUAUAUCCAAGCGCCUUGGACUACUGUUUCUGAAGGCGAGCAAACAACAUUCGAUUCGACUGAACCAGAGAGUUAUCUCCAUACGACGAAAGACACAACGUGGGAAAGUCUGGUAUGAGUUGACCAUCGUUAGUACCAGGACUGUAAACGGUGUAACAGUGGACUCUAAGGCUAGGCAAAAGAAGACUUGUGCAAAAGAGGUAAUUUUGGCUUGUCCGCGAACUGCGCUGUCACGCAUAAAAUGGGGGCCAUUACGUAAUGAUCCAGUUGUUCUCCAUGCACUGGAUUCUGUGUCCGAUAACUCUGCCAUGAAGCUCUUUCUAGUUUAUCCCAGUACAUGGUGGGAUCGCUUAAAUGGCACGUCCAAGUCUAUCGUUUCGGAUCUACCCCUCCGUCAGACGAUGGAGUAUGGUCGGUACCGUAACAGUUUGGGGCACGAGAACGUUGUUGUAUUGGUGUCAUACAUUGACGACGAAACGGAGAUCGAUUACUGGACUCAGCUUAGGAAACACCCGGGCACUAUUUCAUCAUCCGCUGUCCCGGCAGCUUAUGCGGUCAGCAGGAAAGUUGUAGAGCACGCGCAUCAUCAUCUUGGAAAAUUGUAUGACGUCAGUCCGCGUGACAUACCACAGCCUCUAGACGGCGUGAUGCAGAUCUGGCGUGGAGGUGCGUAUGGAAACGCAUGGGAAUUGUUCAAACCAGGCUUCAAACCAAGCGCUGUACAGGUCUUUAUGAGGCGUCCGUCUUCCAUUGACAGAGUUUUUAUUGUGAGCAACUCAUUUUCAAUGGGGUUGACAUUCUGGUCAGAAGGAACAUUGAGAGAAGCUGACGCAGUAAUUUCACAGUUCUCUCAGAAAUAAACCAGA